AUGACUAGCGGAAGCGACUUGGACCACGAUCUUGAUGCGGCCGCCAAGACGAACGUAACGGAUGAGAAUGAAGACUUAAGGUAGGUCUUUUAUUUUCCAAAAUCAAUCUAAUCGGUGUGGAUGGGUUUUAUCAAAAACAAAGUCCAUGUAACAUUGUUUCUAUAAAAUUUUCACUGAGCAGUUCGGUGUAACCUGAAAAAGUUUCGAAGCUGUAAUACCUUUUCAGUGUUACUUUUUAGCACCGCUGACUUGGGAGAGAAAAAAAAGGGACAAGGUCUGCACCCGAGAUAAUUGACUAUAUCGCAGCGGGGCGCAGGCGGUAUAGCCAAGACUUCUUGCUGCGACCUCGUCAACAUGCCGUUGCUAUAUCGCUCCAUCUCAGUAACUUGAGAUUUCAAAACAAUUUUUUGUUUUAUUUUUAAAAUUUAUGAUGAAAUUAAUCGAAUUGAAAAGCAGUUUUUUAAAGAGCGAUAGAGCGUAAAACGAUUGCGAAGUUGCAGCGAGUUGUCCGCCCUGCCGCGUUUUUUUCUCCCACUUUCUUCGAUCCUUGAAAUAUUUUCUUAAGGCUGCUGUUGAAGUUUUAUACAGUUUUUUUUUACGAAAGCGAAGUUUUGGCGACCGUAAUCUCGUUUUUAAAGUAAGGUAUCCAGCGAUUCUCGAAAUUUGACGUCAAUCCUUGAGCGUGAAUAAUGGCCCAUUUCACUCGAAGCAUCGCCCAUUUGAAAUAAUCGUUUUCUCAUGGCCUAUAAAAGUGAGGAAAAAAGAAAAAGGACAAACGGAGAGAAUGGGAAGCGUUUUCGAUGGAAAAUUCAUGUAUUCUGGUGCUCAUCGACCGUUAAUGAUGAUGCAUGAUUUUUUUUGCCAUACAAAAGCUGACUCAAAAUAUAGAAAAGGUGACUCGGAUGUUUUUCAGAAACAAAAUGUGUAUAAUCUGGAAAUAAUUGUUUAACAUUCUUGUUAAGAACUGUUUUCAAAAAAAAAAAAGUUUCUGAGUGCCUGUUUUCGAGAAAAGUCUUCGAAAUUCAAAGCCUGAUAAUUUUCACGACGAGUUUGGCAAAUGGUGACUCUAUUUACUGUUUUUUUGCAGUAUUUUCUAUGAAACAGUAUUUUUCAAUUCGUUUCUCAUGAACAAAAUGGCUCAAUUUUUUAUCUAAAGAGUUUUGUUCAAUGAAAUUCCAACUCAGAGAAAAAAAUAUUAUAGAUAAUUAACGACUUAGUUUAAAAUUGCGUUUUGAAGCGAGAGAAAACGAAGAAGACGGUCGAAAAGGUAUCUGGACAUGCUGGAGAAGACGCGUUUCGAAAUGGUCAACGAGCGCGUCGUGGAGGACAUAACUCUCGAGUUUUUCUACAAACCCCACACUCUGACUGUUCUCGUGCUUCUCUCCGUCUACUUCCUCUACAACGCCUUCGUCGGGUUCCUUCCUCUAUCAGAGAGCUGUUGUAACCUUCUAAAAAUUUCAGGUCUAAAGGCGAAGAUACCAAGAGAAAUGUCUACGACGGCUUGCUCUCCGUCCUGAUGCUCUUCAUAGUUGUUAGCGCCUUAGCUUUUCCAAACGGUUACCAUCUUUUUUAUUUUUCUAUUUAAAUUUUUUUUUCCAGGGCCUUUUAUCCGACCGCAUCCUAUCGUUUGGCGGAUCAUUUUUGGUCUUUCAGUCAUUUAUAUGUUGAUACUUCAGUUCUGUCUCUUCCAAACAUAUAAUGAUGUGAAAUCGGUUAGUUAUUCCAUGACAUCGCGAUAAGGGAACAGGGAAAUUUAGGUUCUAUCGUGGCUGGACCCCGAAGGCCUCAGUCUCGAGAAAUUGGCUGAAAAGGUGGUUUUGAGGACACAUUAUUGCAUUUCUUUUGAUUUUAAACGAUACCUGGGAAAGAACAGAGCUGGCGAGCCUCGGAAAAAAAGUUUGACAAGAAAACUUCAAGAAACGAAAGAAAAAUGAUCAGAAAACUCGAAUCGCUCAAACAAUUUUUUGGCUUUCAUCGAAUUUAUACGCACAAUUUUUUUUAAAAAAAAACGAUAGUGAUGUAGUUCUAGAACUAUGCGGUGAACUGCUCAGACAUCAGUAUGGAGAAGUUCUUGAGCAACGUAGACUUUUUCGCGUUUGCCCACUUCACGGGCUGGGCGAUGAAGGCGUUGCUGAUUCGUCACGGCGUCAUGUGUUGGUAUAUCAGCAUCUGCUGGGAGGUCACUGAAGUGCGUUUUUUUGUCACAAAAACCCAUCCAUUUUUUUAAUAAUUUUUCGAUUCUUAAAAUAGUUCAACUCAUUCUUUUUCUUUUUUUGCAAUUUAAAGUCGAAUGUUUAGUCCAUAAUAAAUAAAUAAUGGAAUUUUUUUCAAAUUCCCAGCUUCUCCUAGAUUUUUUUAAGCUCGUCGAUCAAGCGAAAAAAGAUCAUCUUUCUCUCUUAAUGUUGUUAAAGAAAUCUCCGCUUGGAAAUUUUUGAAUGGCUGGAUAUUGCAGAUGUUUUUCACCCAACUGCUGCCCAACUUCGCCGAGUGUUGGUGGGACGCACUUGUUCUCGACAUUCUCCUGUGCAACGGCCUCGGAAUCUGGCUUGGGCUCAAGAUCUGCCACUUUUUCGAGAUGCGCAACUAUCACUGGGAGAGUAUCAAGUUGGUCCAGCUCCUUCUCUCUCCGUCUAUCGUUUCCUUCUCCACUGGAAUUUUCCAGUUUUUUAAGAACUUACCGACCACAAAGUAUUACAUGUCGUGACGUCAUUUUUGAACCUUCAUGAUUCUUUUUCAUUUUUUUUUUUGUGGUAGCUGUCCCUUUUAGUUUUGAUAGAGUUAGUGGGUGAGUCGAGAACAUCAAACUUCUCAACUAUAAAAAGUUAGAAAGAAACUUAAAUUGGUACAAUCAGGCCUACUGAAUACUCCGUUUGUUUAGAGAUAUUGACUCAGGCCGCGGAAGAUUCAAACGCGUAGUUUUGCAGUUUACACCGGAGAGCUGGAGCAAGGUAAACCUCGAAAUAAAAAAUUGAUGGAGCAUUCUCUUUAAAUAUCAUUGAGAUCUACAUUAGUGUAGGCGUUUUUUAUUUUCAGUGGGAAUGGUCAGCCAUAAAUGACGUAGUCCGACGAACUUUCGCCGUUUACCUUUUCGUCAUCGUUUGGCUCGUGUGUUUUCAUUUUUUUUUUCAAUUUUCCGGGGUUUUCUUCCAGGAUGUUUAUUUCUGCAUCUUCAGAUGACAGAGCUGAACACCUUCUUCCUGAAACACAUCUUUGCCAUUGACACGCAACAUCCAGUCGUUUUUUGGCGAAUCAUCCUCAUUGCUUUCAUCUCUGCGCCCUCCAUCAAGUGGGCUCUUUUUUUCUUUCAUCAUUUCAGCUGUUUCAACUGACCGCCAAAAGAGGGCAGAAAAAUCACAGAAGAACUGAACUUGAAAAGUUGAAAAGAAGUUAGUCUCACCAGAAGGAAAGAACUAGAGUGUGAUUGAGAUUCAGACGUUGAUAGUUUUUUCGUAAGGUUCAUAAAUCUUUCAGACAAUACUAUUUGUACGCAACGGAUCCUUUGGUCAAGCGUCUGGGGAUGCAGUGUUGGGUUUACGGAGUGGUGACAAUUCUUGAAGCGGCCAUUUGUGUCAAAUUCGGAUCGUCCAUGUUCCCUGCACUGACAAUCACUCCGAUUAUUGUUUGGAUCCUUUUAUUGGUGACUUUCAACUUCUUGUUCUAUGAGAAUUUGUCCUUCUCCCACAGGCAACGCUAUUUCUCAAGUUUAAAAAGAUUUUUGUUUUUUUAAACACAAUCCAAGAAACCUUUUUACAGGCUGUAACAACUUUCCUCAGCGUUUGGAUAUCUGUCUGGUGUGCACAGCGUUCUUCUGUAUGUUAUUUCCUUUUUCUAUAACUUCUCACUAGACUAUUUUCAAAGUUUUUGUUUUCGAACGAUCGAAAUCAUAGUUCUUAAGAAAAAAAGCGAUUAUUCAAAACUAAAUAGAAGCUCUUUUUUUUUAACUUCCCAGAGAAGAGAAAAGAGUUGUGUUAAAAAUCUCCUGGAACGUUCUCACAAGUUGUUUGCGACCAGGCGACGCGACAAGUCCGAAUGAACGGAGAGCAAAAAGUUGUUUACCUUGACUCUUCGCACGAAAACCUCGGAGCGAUACAAGACGAAGUGAGACGCCGACGACGCGAUCUUGGCUUUUCCGAGUCGGAUCUUCAUUGA